AUGACAAACCCAAGCAAUCCGCAAGAACAAACCGAUCGUCAUCAUCAUCAUCAACAAGAAUUAACAGCAUCAUCAUCGGACGAAGAUUCUACGGAAUCUUCUCUAUCUGUUCAAAUCAAUACACUGGUUAUUGAAUAUUUAUUGUACCGCCGUAUUGAUUCUGUGGUUGAUGAAUUGCUUAAAAGCCUUCCCUUCGAUACAAACUCUCUGAAUGUUAAGGUGAGAUUGGUGAUCAAUAUGCUCAACGAAACCUCACAACAAAUAACAAACGAACAAGAUUUGAAUGAUCGCUUGAAUUUGAUCGAAACUUGUGUGGAAAAGGUGAUUUCUCUCAUUCAGAACAGAAAAGAUGAUUUUGCUCGCAUCUUUGAGAAUGCUUCAUUCACUGUUCUAGCCUACAUGAAAAAGCUGAACAAAUGGUGGAAAGCUUUUAAAGAAGAAAGUAAUUACGAAGAAAGAUAUUCUUGUUUAUUGUCCAUUGUCAAGUAUAUUAACAUUUUGGGUAAUUACAUUCAACCACCAAAACUCUAUUCAAUUUUACAAGACUAUGAGAAGCAUGAACAAGAAAAUCAAGAACAACCAUCUUUUGUGCGUACAAGUCCAAAGAAAUCUAUUACAUCCACUCCACGUGGUGGUGGUGGUGCUAGUUCGUCUGAGUCUAUGAAUGGUCAUGCAUCUGCUCGAAGAACAUCAAUUUCAAACCUUCCAAUUCACUCUGAUUCUCUUGAACAAUUCAAUGAACCAUGUACAGCAAUGGCACUAGGAAAUCCUGUGAAAGAGGAUACUAAUUUAUUCAUUGCUAAGAGAAAAUCUGAACCUGUACAAAAGAAGCUUCUCACCUUGGCUCUAUCAGAAGUUGGAACACCAAAGAAAAAACAACCUAGAAGAUUGAAUGAAAGACACUCUGAUGCUAAGAAAGUUAAAGUUAAUAGAGAACUUGCAUCAGAUUCUGAAGAAGAACCACCUGUUAAAGUACCACCUAAGGCAACUGUUAAGCAACAUUUGAGGUCACAACAAUCCCCAUCUAAGAAACAAAAAGGAGAUACAUCAACAAAUGUAUUUGAAGAAUAUUCAGAUGAGGAAGAUACUGAACGAGUACUUUUCCACAAACCUGCUCAGAAAAAACCAAAGAAGAUCACUAGUGAUAGCUCUAAACCAAGACAAAAGAAGGUUUUUUGGUCCGAAGAAGAGGUGGAUGCAUUGUUAGCUGGCUACAAGAGAUUUGGAGGAAAUUGGGCUAAGAUAUUAGCAACCUAUAAGAAAAUGUUCAAUCCGGUUCGAGAUAGUUUGAGUUUGAGAGACAAGUAUAGAAAUCUUGUAAAAUACGGAUAUAUUGAAGAAGAUUAA